AUGAAAUAUCUCCCUCCUGGAUCAGCUCGUGUCAGUCAGCGGAUCGUGCUCAGUGAGACCCCCGACAGAAGAGACCCUCGUCCCGGUGCAGUGGUCUCCUUGUUGACCCCUCUGGACCCACUCCGUCAGUCGAAGCGGCUUCCUAUCCGAGUCCUCACCAUGUUGACUGCGCACACUGGACACUUGCUGCACCCGGAAUAUUUACAGCCUCUGACGUCCGCACCAGUCAGCAUCGAGCUGGAUGCCAAGAAAAGCCCAUUGGCCCUGUUGGCGCAGACCUGUUCUCAGAUCGGUAAAUCAGACCCUCCAUCUUCCUCAAAGCUGGGCUCCUCCUCCAGCCAGGGGGACAAGGAGCCCAGCAGCCGCUCGUCCAUCUCCAUCCUGAAGCUCAGGGAGCGCCGCCCCUCUGUGGAGGACAAAUCCAGCUUCAAGCCCUACAACAAAGGCAACGGGGACUGUCGCAGGGACGGAGUCACCAGCAGCAGCGAUAAAGUUGCGUUCAGAGUGCCCAGCAAUAAUGCUACCACUAAUGGAAAUUCAACCAGUGGCCUGCAGUCCUACCCUCCCCACGCUCCCUCACCAGGUUCGAGAGCCAGCAGCGGCUCCCCAUCAGGACAAGCUCAGCAACAGCAGCCGCCUCAGAAGCAGAGCCAGUCCCCUGGUGGACAGCCCACGUCACACUGUCAGACGCCCAAUAGCGAAGCUGCACAUGAGCGGGGCAGUCCCUCCAGCACGAGCAGCAGCAAUAAUAAUCCUCCCAAAAAAGACGCUGAUGUAAACAAGGCCGGCUCAGAGAGUCCACACCAUGCGAACUCCAGCCACGUCCGAGCCAGCAGAAACUGCAGUAAUGGCAGCUCUGAUGGUUCCAACCAUGACGGAGGUAAAGCGGAGUCUGCCCAGCCUAACCACAGCUCUGGACAUAUUACUCCCAUUUCCCCUUACAAGACAAGCCAACCACUCUUCCCCCACCCCUCAUCAAACAUGGGCUACCAUGGAUCUGUAGUUGGGGCGUACGCAGGCUACCCGUCUCAGUUUGUUACUGGGCUGGACCCAACAAAGUCGGGCCUCGGUGUUGGGAGCAUGGCCCACCCAGGGAAGCACCCGAGCUCCAGCCCUCUCACGGGUUCCUCCCCUCCUUCCCUCAUGCAGGGUUUAUGCAGGGACCCCUACUGUCUAAGCUACCCAAGUAUGUCCCAUCUCGGCGGAAGCAACUGCAACUCCUGCAUCCACGACCCUUCCUCCAGCCUCAAGUCAGGCUUCCCGUUGGUGUAUCCCUCCCACCCGCUCCACUCCCUCCACCAAAGCUCCCUGUCAUCCAGCGCGUCCUCCUCCCUCUCCCAUCCACUCUACACGUACGGCUUCAUGCUCCCCAACGACCCCCUGCCUCACGCCUGUAACUGGGUCUCAGCUGGGGGGCCAUGCGACAAACGCUUCCCAACUUCAGAUGAGCUUCUGGCUCACCUCCGCACACACACAGCACUCUCUAUAGGAAUGGACAGUAAGAUGCUCUCUGUUUCCUCCUCUGGACCUGCCUCUUGCCACCUUCACCUCCCCCAGCAGAGCAGUCCGGGCUCCAUGCACAGCUCCCUAUCGCUCAGGCCUCCUCCAAGUAUGGGUUUAGCUCGCUAUCACCCCUACAGUAAGGUCCACCUGCCCCCUGGUCCCCCCUCCAUCUCCCUGCACUCUCUGCCCACCACAGGCCCGUACUACCCACACUACGCUCUCUACAGUCAAAGACUUGGAUCCGCAUCUGCACUGGGAUACCAGUGA